AGCGCGGUUAUCCAACGGGCUGGGUCUAUGGUCGCUCCGCGAGCCGCUCCGCCGGCUGGUGCUUUUUUAUCAGGGCAAACUGUGUUCCAUGGCAGGGAACUUUUGGCAGAGCUCCCACUAUUUGCAAUGGAUUUUGGAUAAACAAGAUCUGUUGAAGGAGCGCCAAAAGGACUUAAAGUUUCUCUCAGAAGAAGAAUAUUGGAAAUUACAAAUAUUUUUUACAAAUGUUAUCCAAGCAUUAGGUGAACAUCUUAAAUUAAGACAGCAAGUUAUUGCCACUGCUACAGUCUAUUUCAAGAGAUUCUAUGCCAGGUAUUCUCUGAAGAGUAUAGAUCCCGUAUUAAUGGCUCCUACAUGUGUCUUUUUGGCAUCCAAAGUAGAGGAAUUUGGAGUAGUCUCAAAUACAAGAUUGAUUGCUGCUGCUACUUCUGUAUUAAAAACUAGAUUAUCAUAUGCCUUUCCAAAGGAAUUUCCUUAUAGGAUGAAUCAUAUAUUAGAAUGUGAAUUCUAUCUUUUAGAACUAAUGGAUUGUUGCUUGAUAGUGUAUCAUCCUUAUAGACCUUUGCUCCAGUAUGUGCAGGACAUGGGCCAAGAAGACAUGUUGCUUCCCCUUGCAUGGAGGAUAGUGAAUGAUACCUACAGAACGGAUCUUUGUCUACUGUAUCCUCCUUUCAUGAUAGCUUUAGCUUGCCUACAUUUUGCCUGUGUUGUGCAGCAGAAAGACGCCAGACAGUGGUUUGCUGAGCUUUCUGUGGAUAUGGAAAAGAUUUUGGAAAUAAUCAGGGUUAUUUUAAAACUAUAUGAGCAGUGGAAGAAUUUUGAUGAGAGAAAAGAGAUGGCAACUAUUCUUAGUAAGAUGCCGAAACCAAAACCACCUCCAAACAGUGAAGGAGAACAGGGUCCAAAUGGAAGUCAGAACUCUAGCUACAGCCAAUCUUAAAACAUUCCGAAGAAUUCCGUAGUGGAUCACUUGAAAAUAGACCAUUGGACAGAUUUCAGUAAUGUCUUCAGUGGAACACAAAUGAAAAUGAAUAGCUUGUUUCUGUCAAGCAUAUUGGGAAGUGAUUUUAUUUUUGCAAAAUAAGUUUUUCUUUACCUGAUUUGAUUCUAGUACAUAAUUGAUAAAAAUAUCUUAAUUAUAAAAGUUUGGAAAGGUUCUAUGGGACCUACAGACAGACAUACAUAGACAUUUCAUGAUUAAUAGCUUUUGAUUAGUAUAUUAUUUGUUAAUUUGAAUGAAAGAAAUUGUAGCUUUUUAUUAAGCCAGGAAACAUGAAACAUAAUUUGUUUAAAAAAAUUCUUUGGUCAUUGAGGGACCAAAAAAAGGACAUAAAGUCAAUAUAUGAGGGGUUUUUCCCCUUCUGGAAGUUAAACUUUAAAACUGUAUUUAAGGAAUCAAAUCUUACAAAAUCCUGGAAGAUUUUGAUAAUGAUGUUGAUAAUUUCAGGGAAAUUAAUCAAGUACCUAUUGAUUUUAAUAUGUAUUUUAUUCAGUAGUUUUGGUGUCUUGCCAUGGAAGAUACUAGCCCGGCCUAGCAGAAAAGUGCAAUAUGUAUAGGAUACUUUGAAAUUUUAAAAGUUAUAUUAAUUCCAUAACCAUUUUGAAAU